AUGCACACCAUGAAACAAUCUCAUCCUGCCACACACAACAUUACAACUAACGCAGGAUGUGAAACCACAACAUUUGCACUCCCAAACAUACCUCAACUCCUUGCUCGACAUUUGCCCCAAGAUUUGACACCACUGCCUUCCGAGAGCUUACAACCCGACGAAAUGAAGUCAUCCCAGCCAGAGGACGACUUUUCGAGGAAGAAAACACAGACCUCGAAACUGUUAGAAUCAUUCAUUGCUAUCAUCCCAUGUCUCAUUCAGAAUAUGCUCAUUCAUGAGGCUAAUCUUGUCGCCUCCGACACCUGCUCUUGCGGCAAAGGCAAGCAUCUAGUUCAGUGUGAUGAUUGCACAGCCUACAGCACAUCAUACAUUUCGCGUUUGCGACCUGAAGGCUAUGCACACCAGCUUGGUCAUCACAGUGCAUCCUGCCCCAAUCCAGCAAGUCAGAGCAUGAUCCUCUUCCAGGCCAUCGACACCGAUGGCAUCCAUGAGACAAAAAUCCGCUUCUGUGGUUGUGCUGAUGUGGAUCAGGUGGAUCAGCUCAUGAAAGAAAGGCUAUUUCCAGCAACUGUCGACAGGCCAACUAUGGCCUUUACAUUCAACAUUCUCAAGCAGUUUCACAUUCAUCACUUAGAAUCGAAAGAAUCAGCAUAUGAUUUCAUCGGCGCUUUACAGCGACUGACUGACAACGCCUUUGCACAUGAAGUUGCAAACCCUUACUCUCAGUUCCGUCCGUCAUGGUGGAAGCAAACACCAGCUGAAUUUUGCCAUUUAAAUCAAACACAAGACACGGCAGAUUGGAAUCACCAUGCAAACAAGUUUGCGAAGAACAUUGAUCCCGAUGAUGUCUCACUUUUCACAGGAAAGGCUUAUUUUCCUGAUGAAGCAGAGUACCAGCAGUAUCUACUGGAUUUACAAAAGAAGCCUGCUCCACCGGAAGAGAAAACAGCUUGUGCUCACCUCAAUGCUGUCAACAAGCAAAAUAGAAAGAAAUUCAAGAACAUGGACAUCACCGGGAUUGUGAACAUCCAAUGCCUGCAUGUUUUCAUCAAAUCAAGUGUCGACCUUCAACUUGGCGAAAAGUUUGCAAAUACAGAUUAUGCCCUUGCUCAUUCAAUAAGGCAACAUUGGAACCGGGGUACCACAACUAUUGAUGCUGAUUUCCUCACAAGCUGCAACCACCUGGUUUCCUAUGACAUAUCCUGUGCUUAUUGGGUUAAGGCUGUUGACCACUUUCAACAACACUUCCCAGAUCUUGUCUCCGAUAUAGAACAAAUUCGCUGGCUCAUCCCACUCGUCCAUGUACAAAAUCACAAGGACAACUGCAUGUAUUGCUUUGUGUCAGCCUACAUUCUGAACGCCAGCCACUUUCAUGGUGAAACAGCAGAACACUACUGGGCCGAGUCCAACCAGCUCGGACGACAGAUGAACAAUGGCCAUCACUGA